AGGGAAUGACAUAAUCCCGGUGCUACCCUUGCUUUUCCUCUCAUAAAUAAAAAUCAAUUUUCUAACAAUUUUCUUUCCCAUACAUACAUAUUUCGCGUCACUGCAAAGCAUUCAUUCUUCACACCUCUCUCUCUCUCUCUCAACCCAACCUUUCUUUUCCAAAAGGGAGGAUCAACGAAGUGAAGGAGAAAUGGGGCUAACAUUCACGAAGCUGUUCAGUCGGUUAUUCGCGAAGAAGGAGAUGAGAAUUUUGAUGGUUGGUCUCGAUGCUGCUGGUAAGACAACUAUCCUCUACAAGCUUAAGCUUGGAGAAAUCGUCACUACGAUCCCUACCAUCGGGUUCAAUGUGGAGACCGUUGAGUACAAGAACAUUAGUUUCACUGUUUGGGAUGUUGGAGGUCAGGAUAAGAUCCGUCCCUUGUGGAGGCACUACUUCCAGAACACUCAGGGUCUUAUAUUUGUCGUUGACAGCAAUGACAGGGAUAGAGUUGUUGAGGCCAGAGAUGAGUUACAUAGGAUGUUGAAUGAGGAUGAAUUGAGAGAUGCAGUAUUGCUUGUUUUUGCCAACAAACAAGAUCUUCCAAAUGCAAUGAAUGCUGCCGAAAUUACUGACAAGUUGGGUCUUCAUUCUCUGAGACAGCGCCACUGGUACAUCCAGAGCACUUGUGCAACAUCUGGGGAGGGUCUUUAUGAAGGUUUGGACUGGCUUUCCAACAACAUAGCCAAUAAGGCUUAAUGCUUAUUGGGAGUAUUUGGAUUGGCGAUUCUGGAUGCAGGGGUGAAUAUUAUCUAGCUUUGCUUUUUGAGUCAUGUGGAUCGGUAAUUCUGGAUGCAGGGGCAAAUAUUAUCUAGCUUUUAUUUCUUGGUCAUCUUCCGAAACAACUUGAAUUUGUGUUCAUGUAUUGUGGUUUAGGAUAUCUUGGUGGCUAAAAUUGUAGUAGGAAUUUGUUUCAUGGGAUUUGUAAUAUUUCUGACUUCUGCGCUUUCUAUUGGGUUUUUGACACUGUCCAUAACUGUAAUGGAGAUACAAUUAAAUGUGCCUCAAGUUCUAAUAUAUAGUUUUAUUUUGGUCA